AUACCAUCAAUGGAUUCGCCUUCCACCCGUGUCUGCCGCUAGCUGCCACGUCAUCAGGCCACCGCAGGUUCCUCCUGCCGCCGCCCCUCACACCUGCCAGCCCACCUGACACCAGCAACCGUUCACCUGAAGCACCUGCCAUUUCACCUGAAGUGGGGCAUGCCUCUCCUGGGUUUGCAGUGCCAGGUGUUCACAGCACACCGGUUCGGCUCGACA